GAUAAAAUGCGCCCCGGGUGCCCCUGCUUUCUGUCCGCCGUGAAUGGCGAUGAGAGCUCUAAGCCCUAGUCCCUGGGUGUUCCUCGUCCUCUCCCUUUCUCUUCUCCCAUCCAAACCGUCUAUUGAAGGAUUCCUUCGCUCUUCCUCACCUUCGAUCCGCAUCUCCGCUAGAAACUAUGGGGACGAGGGCUUGGAUGCCCGGGUUUCUUCUCCUGUUGGCCAUCGGAGUGGCGUCGCUGUCGGGAAGCGACACCCUCGGGUCCGUCUCCGUCGAUGGAUCUCUGCCCCAGGGUCUCCGCCGGUGACUCGAUCCUCGGAGAUCAGCAUUCGUGCGCUGCCGUGAAUUUCCCGCCCCAUGAGGAGCAAUCGAGCAACGUCACCGAGAUAGCUGUCUGCUUUCACUCUGUACAGAACUCUGAUUCAUUGCUUAUGGCGUGAACUUUUUAAGGGUGGUGGGGAGUAUGCAUUGUUGGUAGCAUUACAACUAAUUUACAGAAAGCAGGGGCCCUUCACGGCUGUGCUCUUUUUAUGAUUCUCGCUGCCCUUUCUCAAAAGCAUUCCAACCAAGCUUCGAUGUUCUGUCUUCCUUGCACCUACUGUUCUUCAUUUUGCAGUUGAAGAAUCUUCAAUCAGGCGAAGGCAUUACUGGAUCCAAGUUCAAUGGACGUAACUGUUGACUCAUCAAGCCUUGCCGAGUGUGAGGAAGAGACUACUCGGAAGACUGUCCAUAUUCUUGGGCAAGGACCCCAGAGAAGAUGCUGCAGCAAAAGAUGUGCCUUGCUCUGGCUACCUUUUCUUUUUCUGCUUUCGAGUUUACUGUACUUUCUUCUUUGGAAGCUUAAUGCAUGUGUAAAUUGUGCAUGGAGGCGGCAUAUGAGAACUGUGAGCUUAAUGAGCUUGUGGUCCUGUUCCCAGCAUAUCAGAAUCUAUGCAGAAGGAGCAAAGGUGCAACGAAUGCAAGGACAUGGGCUACCAAGUCACUGGCAUCAGCAUCCAUUGGUGAGCCAGACACAGAAAGUGAAGGAAGAGAAGAAUUUUCUGGUGUGCUUCCAUGAUUGGGGUGAACUCAUCUGAUGGUGGAAUAUCGAGUAAAAUCGGCAAUUUACGUUGAUGAGGUGGUUUGAAGAUGGCAAAGGGAAGCAGCUUCUCACUUCCAUUCGGUGGUCGAUGCAAAUCACCUUGCACAGGGCAUUUCUUGGACCGACCCCAUUUUCAGAGAAUUUGCCCCGCAGGCCUGAGGCCACUUCAUCCAAAGAUAGCUCCUGAGAAGGCGGUGGAAACGAAAGAAGGAAGAGAAAUCCCAUGGGAGGAAGAACUAGGACUGUGAGGUGCAGCAGGUGCGGCGUCCAACUGGUUGUCCCACCGUCUGCCAGGACCAUCCGAUGUGCCAUCUGCCAUGGUAUCACCAACGUUGGGUCUCGCCAGGAUCCGGUCCGGCAAGCAGUGGGCUUUGUGAAAUCAAUGGUCAAUUCCUUGAAUCCCUUGUUGAGCUAUGGAUCCGGCGGGUCCUCCAUGUCCUAUGGUUUCAACAGCAGCAACAACAACUCUCUGUGGAAUUUGCCACCAGGCUAUCCUCCGGCGCAAGGGAAGAAGAGGGCGCUUCUGAUCGGAGUUAGCUAUAGGAUGAGGCGGUAUGAGCUCAAGGGGACGGUGAACGACGUGAACUGCAUGAGGUACUUGCUGUGCGAGAGGUUGGGAUUCCCAAGCGAAUGCGUCCUGGUUCUCACAGAGGCGCAGGUGGAUCCGUAUCGGAUACCGACGAAGGAGAACAUAAGGAUGGCGAUGAGGUGGCUGAUGAUGGGGUGCCAGGCCGGGGACUCGCUGGUGUUCCAUUUCUCCGGGCACGGCAUCCAGAAGCCGGACACCAAUGGCGACGAGGUGGACGGCUACGACGAGGCGCUCUGCCCCCUGGACUUCGAGACCAGUGGCGUGAUCGUGGACGACGAGGUCAACGAGACGCUGGUCCGCCCCCUCCCACGUGGCGCCAAGCUCCACGCCGUCGUCGACGCCUGCCACAGCGGCACCAUCCUCGACCUUCCCUACCUCUGCCGCUUCAACAGGGGAGGGUUUUACCAAUGGGAGGACCACAGGCCACCAUCAGGUGUUUAUAAAGGCACAAGUGGUGGGCUGGCUGUACUAAUCAGUGGCUGCGAUGAUCACCAAACCUCUGCAGAUACUAAUGCUUUUGCAGGCUCUACCUCAACUGGUGCCAUGACUUACAGUUUCAUUCAAGCUUUGGAAUUUGAACCUGGUACUACUUAUGGACGCUUGCUCACUUCCAUGAGGUCUGCUAUUCGUGAUGCCAACACGGGGAUCGGAAGUGGCCCAAUAGCUUCUCUUUUAAGCAAGGUGUUCGGCUUAGGUUUGACACAGGAGCCUCAGCUGUCUUCUUCGGAGAUGUUUGAUAUUUAUCGGAAGCCAUUUCUCCUGUAAUACUUUCUGCUUUAUCAAUUGAAUAUAUCAUAACAACACUAAGCAAAUUAUUACUUGCAUCAUGUGCCCUAUGUAUUGAUACUUCACCAUUUCUAUUCAACUUUACUGAAUAUUUGGAUACAUAUAGUUGUGGCUUGAUCACUUAAAGUUUGUUUCCAUGGUUG